AGGAAUAAUUUGACCAUUUCCAAAUACCACCGCUGCAGUUGAUAUCAGCAGUGAUGAUUAGUCAUAUGAACAUGGCACUGCGAUCCCCGAUGCUUCUCUCUCGCUAUUCCCAUCUCCUCUCUGCUAAACUGCAGAUUCAAAUGCACCUCUCCACUUCUCCCCUCACUCGCAAGAUGAGCACGGAUGCACGGAGUAUUGCCUCUCAGCUUAGUAAUUCUGGCCUGUUGAAGACUCAGGGCCUUAUUGGAGAGAAAUGGAGUGAUGCUUAUGAUGGAAAAACCAUUCAGGUUAUUAAUCCUGCUACUGGUGAUUCUAUAGCAGAUGUUGCAUGCAUGGGUGGAAGAGAGACGAAUGAUGCAAUUUCCUCUGCCUAUGAUGCCUUUAGAUCAUGGAGCAAAAUCACUGCUGCUGAGCGAAGCAAAUAUUUGAGGAAAUGGUAUGACUUGCUAAUGGCCCAUAAAGAAGAGCUAGCACAACUUAUAACCUUGGAGCAAGGCAAGCCUCUUAAAGAGUCUCUGGGCGAGGUAAGCUAUGGGGCUGGCUUUAUUGAGUUUGCAUCUGAGGAGGCAAAGCGUAUAUAUGGGGAUAUCAUUCCUGCGCCUCUAUCUGAUAGGCGGUUAUUUGUUUUAAAGCAGCCUGUAGGGGUUGUAGGUGCAAUUACACCUUGGAACUUUCCCCUUGCUAUGAUUACCCGAAAGGUUGGCCCAGCCCUUGCAUGUGGCUGUACAGCAGUCAUAAAGCCCUCUGAAAUCACGCCUCUCACUGCUUUAGCUGCAGCAGAACUCGCUAUUCAAGCUGGAAUCCCAGCGGGUGUACUGAAUGUGGUUAUGGGAAAUGCUCCUGAUAUUGGCGAUGCUUUUCUUGCAAGUCCACAGGUACGGAAAAUCACAUUCACUGGCUCGACAGCUGUUGGAAAGAAAUUGAUGGCAGGUUCUGCAGAGACGGUUAAAAAAGUAUCUCUGGAACUUGGUGGCAAUGCCCCUUGCAUAGUUUUUGAUGAUGCUGACCUAGACAUUGCAGUAAAAGGAACCCUUGCAGCAAAGUUCCGUAAUAGUGGACAGACAUGCAUUUGUGCAAAUAGAAUUAUCGUGCAAGAAGGUAUAUAUGAGAAAUUUGCAAAUGCUUUGCUUGAUGCUGUUCAGAAUAUGAAAGUUGGGGAUGGUUUUAGUGACGGUGUUGUUCAGGGUCCUCUGAUCAAUGAAGCUGCUGUAAAAAAGGUUGAGUCCUUAAUUCAUGAUGCUACAUCAAAGGGGGCAAAAGUAAUUAUUGGGGGUAAAAGACAUAGUCUUGGACUCACUUUUUAUGAACCAACCAUCGUCAGUGAUGUCCACAAUGAUAUGCGCAUAUCUAGAGAAGAAGCAUUUGGACCUGUUGCGCCCCUUUUGAGGUUCAAAACUGAAGAGGAUGCUAUCAGAAUUGCCAACGACACUAACGCAGGUUUGGGUUCAUAUGUAUUUACAAACAGUAUCCAGCGAUCAUGGCGCGUUGCUGAGGCUCUUGAAUAUGGACUUGUGGGUGUUAAUGAAGCAGGAAUUUCAACCGAGGUGGCUCCAUUCGGUGGUUUUAAACAAUCUGGCCUAGGAAGAGAAGGAUCCAAAUAUGGGAUGGAUGAAUAUUUGGAGAUCAAGUAUGUCUGCUUGGGAAACAUGAAUAAAGAGUGAAGUGUUUGAGGUGUAUACAUGAGGCAGUAUCAAGCUUAUGCAGGGUUCAGCUAUGGUUCAAAUGUACUUGGAGUUUGGAAAAGGGAGGGGUUACCCUAUUUUUGUUGAUAUGGAAGAAGAUACAUGUAGCUGUUCCCAUUUUGUGUACAAAUAAGUGUAGGCUUGCAAAGGAGAGCCUCAAUUUUCUUUGUUUCAUCAUUUUUCCUUUCAUUUUCAUUUCCUUCUCUGUAAGGUCUUUUACAAUAUUUCAAAGAACAAUGUAGAAGGUCUGAGAUUUAGAAACAAUGUAAAUACCUUUUUAGAUGUCUGGUUAGAAGUGUUCAAUGGAUUACUGGUGCAAUGAACUCCAUAUACUGGUCAUAUCAGGUUAAA